AUGGCCGACGGGCCCGCUAGCGUCGAGGACCUGUCGCUCUGCGGGCUGCUGGGCCGCCUGGAGCUCCUGGAGAGGUACGGGCAGAUCCGCAGCCCGACGGACGAGGAGGCCGCUGCGUUGGCCGGCGAGGGCGCGGUGAAGAAGGCGGUGGCGGAGCGGGCGUUCCUGGAGGCACAGAUCAAGGCGGUCGACCCUCAGGCCGCGGCAUCAGAGAAGCGCGCGGCCAGGCUGAAGGAGCUGCUGGCCAGCGUGUCCGAGGCCGCCUCGGCGGAGGAGCCGCCGCACGUGCAGCGCGCCAGGGCGGACCUGAAGAGGGCCGAGAAGGACUUCGCGGAGGUCAACAAGAAGUUUGAGAAGUGGGACAAGGGCAAGCAGAUGCUGUCCAUAGACGAGAUCAAGUCGCUGAAGCGCAGUCACGAGGAAGCGCAAAAGCGGCUGGACGCUGCCAGGUCUUUCGUGGAGGAGCAGCUGGCGCGCCGUGCCGAGGCUGCGGCCGAGAGGCCGAAGGCGCUCGAGGCAAAGGUCUCCAGGCCGGUGCCCGUGGAAUUCCGACCUGGGCCGCCAAAAGCGGCGGGCAGGGGGCCGGCCCCUGCGGUCCACGUGAGGCCUGCGGCGGGCGGGGGAGGCGGCUACCCUGCGCCGGCCGCGCUUCGGCAGGGCUGGGUGGCCGCGGAGGUCCGCGCUGAGCUGGCGGCCGAGCUGGUGGCGGAGGACGCUGGUCGCCCGCGGCCGAAGCCGCCCCCCGCGGCAGUGGCGCGGCCGCGGCCAGCCCGGCCGAGCGGCGGGGAGGAGGACGGCCCAGUCCUCUCGUUCGGCUGCGCCUGCCGCGCCGUCGCCGAGUACCUCGGCAUCGGUGAGGGCGACGCGCGCGCCAUGGCGGAGUCGUCCAAGGACUUCCAGGCCAAGCUGGACGCGCAGGGCUGGGAGUGGGUGCAGGAGCGCGCCGUCGCGAUCGAAAAGGCAGACCGGGAGGAGCAGCGGGAGAAGGAGAAGAGGCGGCAGGCCGCGGCGGUCGCCAGGAACACGGCCAAGACGGGCGGGUCGGCCCCAGCGGCCGUGGCGCCGCCGGCCCGGGCGGCCGCGGCGGCUGCGCCGAAGGUGCCGGGCGCCAAGGGGAAGGCGAAGCCGAAGCCGGCGGCCGCGAAGAAUAGUGGCUUGGCCGGGCUCGCGGGCGCGAACCGCUUCGGAGGGCUGGGCGGCGACGACGACUCGGACGAGGAUGGCGGGGGCGGCUGGAGCACGGUGCGGCGAUCUUUCCGUCCAGCAGCGGACCGCUACAUCCGAGCGCGCGGAAGGCCCCGGACAGAGUGGAUUCGGACCGUUCUGCCCGACGGGCUCCGCGUCGCGGGCGGCUUCCAGCUGUUGGCAGACGCAGCCAUCGACGCGCAGCACUGGCGCAAGGUCGUCAAGGGGUGCCAACAUCCGCCUGCGUACUGGAAGAACAUCUUCAACUCGGUCGUGGAAGUUACCUCGCGCUCGUCAACCCGCCGCUGCUCCACCGGCAUGGACCCCCUUACCAAGAGAGACGCCCCCGCCUUCGCAUCUCAGUCGUCGCGCUACAAGCCGCAGUGUGGUGCGGGCGAGGGCCCCAAGUCGCCGCAGCAGGGCUACAUCCUGGAACUCCAGCUGCUCCUGUCCUCCGACAGGCGCGCCCUGUGCCUCGCAGUGGUCCUACGCGCGACGCCGAAGCUGCUGAUCAUCGAGCCCGCGGGCGUUGGAUCUCCGCUGAACCCCCUGCUCCUGAAGAUCCGCGACGGAGAGAACGAUGUCGACUACGCCAUCGCAAGGAUGUCCGUCGUGCUCGAGACCUACAACUUCAUCCGCAUCAACUAUCCGACCUCCAGCCACGAGGUCGGGGCCGACAGCUACAACUUCAACAAGGGUGCUGUUGCCGCCCGCGCUCUGGCUUCCCCCGUUGGCGGCAGGGGCAGCGCCAGGGUCGCCAUGGCCGACCCCCAGCUUCCCGCCGUGCUCUCUGCGCUGGGUCGCAGCCUCCAGGCCCUGGGGCUGACGGAGUGCACCCCGCCCGGCGAGGUCGACGCCCUGUGGCGCAAGCUCUCGGAGGUGCCGGCCGUCGGAUCAGAGCAGUGGGCGAGCGACGGCGGCCUCGAGGACCUCGCCGAGCGGUGCGUGGGCCUGUCGGCAGGCGCUUGCUGGCCGGAGGGGGACGAGCUGACCCCGCCGGGCACGUUCGCGCCGGAGCCGUGCUCGGGCGGGCCGAGCGCCGACGCCGUGGAGGUCGCGGCGCACGGGCUCGCCGUGCUGGCCUGCGGUUUCGGGGCCACCACUUGCGGGAGUGAUCCGCUCGAGACCCUUGGGCGCCUGGCCCCGCAGUCGGCUGGCCGAAGGUCCGAAGGCGGCGUGGCCGGGCAUGCGCCCCGCUCGGCUGACCCUUGGCCUUUCGGCCAGCCAGCGCAGCUCGACGCGCUGGCGCCGCUCAUGUUCUGCUGCCUCUCCAGGCUGGGUGCCGCGGGCCCUCUGGUGCUGUGUGGGCAGGACCGCCGCUUGCUGCGGUCCCUGCAGGCGCUGGCCGCUUGGACAGUUUCCACUCUCGGGCGCGCCCUGGGCUACGGGCGCCUGUCCAGCGCUGUGCUGUGGGAGUGGGCGUCCCGCGACGCGUACUGGGCCGUAACGGUCUGCCAGGGCGUCCUCUCCUUCCGGGCGCCAGACGUGGACGGCGCAGAGGGCGGCGUGCUCGUGCCGGCCGACCUGGACUUGCUGCAGGCAGCUGUCCUCCGCGCGCUGCUCGGUCUCUCGGCGCCCGCAGUGGCGUUUCCCGAGGACUCCGCAGACUCUGUGAGGAUGGUGGAGCGAGACAUGGCGCUCGUGCGCCACCGCUCGGAGCUCGCCGUGGCCGUCCGGCGAUGCCAGGUGAUGCAGUGGGUCCUGUGGGCGUGCGCCCGCGAGGGUGGCAGCACAGCCGCCGCGCUCGCGGCGUUCCUCGCGGGCCUGCUGCAACCUGGCCUCGAGUGCGACCCCGAGUGGGCGGCCGCUUCGGACUACCGGUCGGGCGCCGACCUGGCUGACCACAUCCGUGGGGCUCCGAGUGGGGAGCUGCCGCGCGGCUUUCUGCAAGACUGCGCGAACGUUGCCCACGAAUGCCCGCCUGCUGGCAGUGGUGGCCGCAAGUUCCUGGAGCGCUGCCUGUCCAGCGUCUGCGGUGUUCGUGGCCCCGCCUCUGAAGACGGCUACGCCCUCGCAGCUCUGUGCAUCUUCGCAGCCAACGCGAGGCUGGACCGCGACGAGGGGAGCCCGCUGGUGCUUGAACUGCAGGGCGUCACUGCGCCCGAGGUUAUCGUCGCGCACUGGAGUAGGUGGAGUGGCCCCGUACGCACAGAGUCGCUGCGCUUCUGGGCCGAUGCCCUGCUGGGGGCUUCCACAGCGGUGCUGGCGCCGCUUCCGCCGACGUCCCAGCCAGGGGUCCCAGAAGACCACGCCAUGGCUCACAUGGGCGCAGCCGCGCCGCGUCGCCGCGGGGGCCCGCUCCAAGCCCUGCUGCAGGAGGUUCCCGACGAGUUUCGCUGUGCCAUCGACGGGCACCUCAUGAUGGACCCCGUGUCGGGCCCGGGCGGCCGCGUGUGCGACAGGGGUGCGCUGGCCGAGUCUCUCGCCGAGCGCGGCGUGUGCCCUCUGACGGGUAGCCCCGCGUCUCUCAGCGACUUUGCGCGGGAGCCGGAAACACCUGCUGACCCGUGGCGCGUCUUUGCGGUCGCAGAUGUUGUGCAGGACCACCGGGCAGUUCCCCUAGGCGCGCCAAAUGAGACGAUGUUCCAGCCGCAGGCCACGGGCCGCGCGGAGGCCGCCAGAGGCAAGGCCGAGCUCCUCGAGGCCUGCUUCCCGAAGGUCAGCAGAGGCAGCCCGGUGGCCAGGCGAGUUGCUGCCCGAGAGGCGCCGGUUGCGCGGACCCGUAGCUGGAGCUGGGAGGAGGAGGCGUGGCGCCUGGAGAGGCUGUUCAGCGGCAACGGCGACUUUGGCAUCCGCGAGGAGGGCCCAGAGGCCGGCAGGGUGGUGCGGCUGAGGCACCACUGCAGCGACCCGGACUGGCAGGCGAUCAACUGGGCUCCCGAGGGCCUGCUGCUGGAGGCGGCUCUGGGUUCCGCCGCUCUCCGCGUCCUCGAGCCGGCAAGCUUGCCGCAGCGCUUCGCUGGGGCGCUGCCAGCGCUGUUCGCGGAGGCGUCCGCGGCGUGCCCGCCCAGGAGCUCGGCCGUCUACCGCGCGCUGCAGCACAUCGACCGCCACAUGGCGGCGUUGUACCUGCGGGCGCGGGAGGCCGACGACAGGGACGCGGAGGCGCUCGAGGAGCAGAAGGCGCGGGACCAGGCCGCGGAGAAGCAGGGUGAACCCGACGGACAGGCGGAGCCAGAGGCUGGUGUGCCGGCCUUCGCCUCCGCGCCUGGGGCCGGCGGCGGCUCCGCGUGCAGCUCGGCGCCCGCGGCGGCGGCGCCCGCGGCACCCUGGUCGUCGGAGGCCCAGUCGCUGCUCGAGGCGGCGAUCCUGGAGUUCCGCGCAGAGCAGGACCCCAAGCGCCGCUGGAUGCUCAUCGGCCAGCGCGUGGGCCGGAGCGCGCGGGACUGCGCGGAGCGCUUCCGCGAGUGCCGCAGACAGGUUCUGAGCCGCAAGUCCAGCGCCGGGCCCGAGGCCGACGGCGAGGAGGACGACGGCGAGCCGCAAGCUUCGGGGCUCCACCUCAAUCUGCAGAAAUCGGUGGUCAUACCGCUUUGGGAGUGGCCCCUGGACGCGGCCGCGCAGGAGUGGAGCAAUCGCAUGCCAGAGUGGAGCAGCAUGCUGGUUUCGCACAGUGGCUCAUACUUGGGCUUCCAGGUCGGCGCAGGUGAGGAUGCUUGGGCGGCGCCAGUUAAAAAGUUUAGGGAGACCGUAAUUGCUUGGGCGGAGCGGGGGUGGGGGAUGUGCCUCACCGUGCUGGCCUACAACACGUACAUACUCGUUAAAUUGAUGUAUGUAGCACGACUUCAAGGUUGCUUCAAAGACUGGCCAGCCACAGAGGUAUUGGCUCUCCAACGCCUCUUCCCUGGCCCGGCUGGGUGGCUACCGAGCUCGAUCGCGCUGUGCAUGCAGGACGAGUUGGGCAUGCCGACGCAGCUACACUCGCUGACCACCGCCGGCGGUCAGCAGCUGCGCCCGCCUGCGGUUGCAGCCGCCGCGGGCCCACCCGCGCGGCAGGCUGGCCAAAAUCUCGACGCCUGGGAUGUCGAGUGGCGAUGGGCUGCCUGGUUUCGCCACGGGCCGGCGCAACGGCUGCUGCAGGCUCAGGAGGCUCUCGCGCGCGACGGGAUCACGGCCAACACCGUUCUGGAGGCCUCCCUGGGGGCUACCCCCCGGCCGGUCACAGCAGGGCGUUGGCGACGAGCGCGCAGAACGCUUCAGUCGACGGCCGCGCGGCUUCUGAGGCAGCGGCUGUGGCUCCUCAAAGGCCAUUGGGGUUUCCGGCGGAAGCUGAAGCAGUGGAGCUUGGGCCCCUUGGAGGGCCGGCGCGUGCUGGUUUGCAAGAGGGUGAUGAAGACACUGCCCAAGCGGCUCGCCCCUCGAAUCCGCGCUUCCGUCCUCCGCACCUGGCUGGACGGGUGGUGCACGGCUCGGCGCUUGGGCUCGCGUGGGCAUGCCUGCCGGUUGGGGUGCGCCGCAGGCGAGGAUUGCCUCCGCCAUUAUGUGCGCUGCCCGGUCCCGUGGGAGUUCGGUUCGCGCCAUCUCGGCCUGCAUGACCCAGGGAACUCGGACGGGCGCGCGCAGGCAUUUCUGUUGUGGGAGACGGGGUGCUCGCAGGAACGCCUCGUGCAGUUGGCGACGCUCGUGGCCGUCGCCUACCAGACGCACAACAUCCUCCGGCAUCGCUGCGGCGGCCCGCUUCAGGUGCUGCGGGAGAUACGCGCGCAGACUGGGGCGGGCGAGCUUUGA